UUGACAAAGGCUCGACAUUUACGCAUUUUUUGAGAGGGUUUCGUUACAAAAGCUAUUUUAAACCAUAAGCUUGCAAGAGUUCAACUGUACUUUAGGAAGCUUCUUGAUGAAUCCAUUCUCGCGAGAAAUCAACUCCAAUUUGGUAAUCGCGAGAAGUCCCAUUUUAGGUCUGGCUUUGGUUUAGCACCAAUAAAUAGCUUUUUAUAAAACAGCAUCACUGCUCUUUCGUAAGAGUUCGACUUUGAAUCUAAAAUUUACGAGCCGCACUUGAACGCAGCACCCCUUUCGACUGCGCCAAAAGAUGGAGGACUAUCCCAAGAAAGAAGUCCCUGAAAACCUCGACGAUCCGCCCAACAGCAGGCUGUUCCUGGUUACGAGUCGCAGCAUCACCGAAGAUGAGCUCCGCGAACGUUUCUCCAGAUUCGGGGACAUCCAGGGGGUCUGGGUCGUCAAAGACCGGCAGACCAAGGAGUCCAAAGGCAUCUCCUACAUCAAGUUCGCCAAAUCCUCGCAGGCCUGCGCGGCCAUGGAGGAGAUGCACGGGCAGAUGCUGUCGGACGAAAGCAAACCCAUCAAGGUCUUCAUCGCUCAGUCUCGAUCUUCAACCAGACACAGAGACGUGGAGGAUGAGGAGCUCACCAGGAUCUUCGUCAUGAUCCCCAAAACCUUCACAGAGGAAGAUCUGAAAAACACUUUCAAAGAGUACGGCGACAUUGAAUACUGUGUCAUCAUCAAAAAUAAACUCACCGGGGAAAGUAAAGGACUCGGCUAUGUCAGAUACUACAAACCCUCCCAGGCUGCCGUGGCCAUAGAGAACUGUGACAAAUCGUACCGGGCCAUCCUGGCUGAGCCCCGCUCCAAAUCCAACACCUCUGAGGACUACUCUGGAGGGGGGAGCAGAGGGGAAUACAGCGGAGACUCCAGCAACCAGUACGGCUUCCACGCAGCAGAUCCCGGGAACUAUGCGCUCCCAGACAGCCGUGCGGGGGACUUCACGCGCUCGCUGAUGGUGUCCACGCGGGCAGCGCUCUCGCAGGAGCAGAUCUUCGCUCUGUUCGACCUCAUUCCCGGCAUGGAGUACUGCGAGCUGCAGAGAGAUUCGUACGGGAUGAACAAAGGGUGUGCUAUGAUCCGCUACAGUAACCUUGGCUCUGCCCUUUACGCCAAAGAGAAACUGAACGGUUUCGAGUACCCGCCUGGCAACAGACUGGUGGUGCACUUCCUCGAUGACGGCGAGGACCGCAGCAGCUCUGUGGGUCGGAUGGCCAUGCAGUUUGUUGCUGCUCAGAUGAUGUCCUCGGUGUGGAACGGAGCGCCCAGCAGCCAAAUGCUGAAACCUCAUGUGAGGAACACUUUGGAGAUUCACAACAUCAAAAGUUUCUCGCCCUCGCCGUCGAUGUCCCGUAUCCAGACAGAUGUCAGCCUGCCAUCCCUAAAGAAGCUGGCCCCCCCUGACAGUAAAACCAAGGAGCGCCUGUUUGUGGUGUUCAGCCCCUCCCCGCUGCCCCCCGAUGUGCUGGAGGACGUCUUCUGUCGCUUCGGGUCCCUCAUUGAGGUCCAUCUGGUUCCGGGUCGGAAGGUGGGAUACAUGAAGUACGCAGACAAACAGUGCGCUGACGAGGCCAUGGUGGCGCUGCACGGCCGCGUCGUCAACGGCGUGAAGAUGAAGGUGAUGCUGGCUGAUCCUCCCAGAGAGGAGUCGCAUAAACGGCCCCGCACCUACUGAGGCAGCGGGGGGCGGCGACUGUCUUGACUGACACCUGACCUGACAGACCCUCAAACCACACCUCCUGACCUCUGACCGACCUUUGACCCCUGUCUGACGUUGCUUCUUCUGGGGAGAUGACCCAGAACUGUCUGAACUUUGAAUGGCCUCAAUAAAAAUUCUGCUUCA